AUGCUUGGCCAUCAGUUCGCCUACUCCGCGGCUCCCAUUCGCAAAGUGAAGGAGGUUCAGUUUGGUAUUCUUUCUCCGGAGGAGAUUAAAGCCAUCUCCGUCGCCAAGAUCGAACAUCCAGAAGUCAUGGACGAGGCCACUCAUAAACCCAAGAUUGGCGGACUGAUGGACCCCCGUAUGGGUACCAUCGAUAGGAAUUUCAAGUGUCAGACGUGCGGAGAGGGUAUGUCAGAGUGUCCUGGUCAUUUUGGGCAUAUUGAGCUGGCAAGGCCAGUCUUUCAUCCUGGUUUCAUCGUGAAAGUGAAGAAGAUUUUGGAGAGUAUAUGUGUAAAUUGUGGAAAGCUCAAAGCCGACAUCGUGAGUCGCGUCGUUUUAUUUGCUCUACUCGUUUCGCACCCCACCAUCCAAAUUUUCUGGGGGCUCUCUCCACAUCCCAUGGGGAACCCCAAACCCGCACCACGUCAGUCUCUCGACAAUCGAGGGCGUUCUUCCACCCGUGGUAGGGGAUCGUAA